AUGUAUGACGGCACUGAGGGUGUGCAUGUUUCCCUUUUGCAAAGUGCAGAUGGAAAAGGCAAGGCGGCACACAUGACUUGGCAGCUCCAUGUGUCGGAAGCAGAGAUUUGCAUGGAACGACAUGUAGCGAUCGAGAGAUCUGGCGAUCUGAUCGUGGACGGCGCGUGCCGUGUCGACCUGCAGCAAGGCUACAUGGAGCCACAGCUAUUGGCAGAGCGAGUGAGUCAGGGAGACCAAGUAUUGGCCAGCUAG